CUAUCCUAAAAAGAACUUAGCCAUAUGAUAAGGCUCCAUCCAGGGACAUCAAUGGUGCUAUAGAUGGUCCAUCAGUUCCCAGAAGAGAAAGAAAAGGGAAGAAAACCUCAACGACAGAGAAACUAAAGGACAUUCCUGAGGAAUUGCUACCAAGUAAUCAUGAAGUAGAAAUCGAUGCACCUUUCGAUUUUCAAGUGUUCCAGCAAGUGAGAGCUGAACUUAUGGAGCUUCUGAAUGGGAUUCGGGCUUCCAAUAGUACUGAAGUGCCAGGCACUGAAUCUGAAUGGAAGAAAAGGCAUUUUGUUGCGCAUGCUGACCGGAAGCAAAGACAAGAGGAGAGUUGGGAGGAGGUGCGGGAGCCAGUAUUGAGGUCAAUACUUAGGAAAAUGGGAAAACAUACCCGGUAGUUCAUCAUGUGCAGUUUGUGUCUCAUGUGCGUCGUCAGCUGUUAUCAGAUGCUUCAAAGAGUCGGGCUUCUCUACGAAAGUGUCUUGAAAAGGAGAGAAAGCAACUUCAGCAUUGUGUUAGUCUGCUGUCAUGUUUCUUUGGACGAAGUCACGCAAGAGGACUAUUUGUUGCCUUGGCAUAAUCCUGCAGGGAACAAGGGAGAAACAUUUGCUUUGAAGAAGAAAAUAGUUGAUAUACAUGAACACAUGACCAGGUACAUCGAGGAAUUGCCUGUGCUCAUUCAAGAGAUGGUAUCAACUGUUCUUUUCUUCAAGAAAAAAAUCAACACCUUGGAAGACAGAAUCAACACCGUGAACAAUGAGGCCAUCAAAAACCAAGAAAACCAUGGAUUGGUGAUGUUGCUGCUGGAAUCAAAGGAAUUCUACACAGACCUUCUCCUAGAAGCAACAGAUGUAUUUGAAUGUAUAGACACUGACAUAGAGAUCGUGGUGGAUUUUGAGGAAGGGGAGGUGCAACCUGGUGAAGAAUCAAAUUCGGAGGAGGAUGCGUCUAGCUCUGAGGAGGAGGAGGAUUGUGAUGACAUUGGCAUUGAGUACGUGUAAUUAACCCUUUGA